CGAACAGAGCCCUAGUCAGAUGGUGUAUCAGCAUAGUAGUGCCUAGCCUGGGACGCUUGGAGCUACACUUGUCAUAACGUUACACACGUCGUGCCGCAGCUAACACCUAGCUAACAUUACUCAAUCUAACUCCAGAAGCGUUGUUACAAACUUGUAUGUUGACUGAUCCAACUGAUGCACAGACUGAACACAACAUAAAACUUUCCAGAUCUCACAGGGUCAGUUAGCUUGAUGGGAGUAGCUAGCUAAGUCAUGUUAGACUUCAACCCUGAAACGACGUGCCGAAGCUUAACCUUGCAAUUUUCCUGAUCACCUAACCGCAAUGUACGAUGUAACGUGCAUUAACCUGGACCCAAUCUGCCAAUAAAUAAGUUGUUUUAAAACUAUUUAGCCAACUGAAAGGGUUGGUAAAAACGGCAGCUAAAUUUGAUGUUAUUGAGUUUACAAAUUCCGCGCCUGUCAACAACUGUCGUAAAACAACUGUCGUAAAACUUUUCUUGUUCGUGUGAAUAAUAAUUUUUAUGCGAUGUCCUUUAAUUUUAAGCCAAAAUACUGCGUGAAGUAUCUAUUUUUGAAGAUUUAAAUGGUGCUUCAUAAUCUUAAAUCAUGUUGAAUGUGUAAUAUUAGUUUAUAAUUUUAGGAACGCUAGCUACUUCCUUAUGUGAGCUGGUCACGUGGUAAGUACAAGCGGAGUAAAUAUGGCGACGGUCAGGAUGUACAUUUAACAUUAAAUAGUUUCACUGUAUUUCCUACUGGGUACUUUAUUAUACCAGUGCAUGACGUCCCACUGCCGAUAUUACCCGGUAACGGUGCACGAUUCCCGGACGAGCAAUGUGUCAUUGAUGGGGGUCGGGAUACGGUCGUGUUCCGUUUCGCAUCGUCUGUUUGCCAGCUAACUGUCUUGACGUCGAUACUGUACGGCGGACGGAGCCAGAUAGAUAGUCCCGGCGUUAAGUGCUAUUGUUUAUAUACAGCGGUGACAGACAUGACAGCCUUUGGUCAGAUGUCAUGUUGAUAUGUGGUCUUCCUGCAUCGUGUGAUAUCAUCAUGGACAGACAGGUGAAGACUACUCCCAGUUGGUAGAGGUAACGGGACGCAGAGGUAACGGGACGCAGACAGACAGAGACAACCGUCAGUGUCGUGGACUGUUACUCCCAGCCAGUAGAGGGAUACAGACAGUCAGUCUGACUGUCUAUCAGGCAGACAGCGAGCCCAGUGGAUGGACUUCCUCUGAUGUCAAAGUUGACCCCGGCCGGGUCCAGAGAAAAGAUGAUUGGUGCCCCAGACGUGGUGGCGUUUACUAAGGAGGAUGAUUUUGGGGAGGUAGGGUACCCCGACCCCUGGGUGGUGCCAGAAGAGUUUUCUGUCCCUCUGUUUCCAUCGAACAACAACGCCAACCCCUGGGCCAAGACGUCAUACGCCAAGUUCACUAAGGAUUUCAUCCUCAUAUCAGAGUUCUCUGAGCAGGUGGGUCCCCAGCCUCUGCUCACCAUUCCUGAUGACCCGAAGGUGUUUGGGACCUUUGACCUCAACUACUUCAGUCUGAGGAUCAUGUCUGUUGACUACCAGGCCUCGUUCGUAGGACACCCCACCGGCAGCGGAUACCCACGACUCAGUUUUGUGGAGGACUCCAGGGUGGUGCUGGGUGACUCUAAGGAGGGGGCCUUUGCCUACGUUCACCACCUGACUCUGUAUGACCUGGAGGCGCGAGGCUUCGUCCGGCCGUUCUGCAUGGCCCUUCUCGUCUCUGCCGACGAGAGGAGUAUGCAGCAGUUCCAGGAGCUGUGCUUCUUCUCCCGCGCCUCCGAGUGUAGAAGCGAAACGGCGGGCCUUUCGCCCACAGGCGAGCUGCAGGGAAGUACGGACUGGAGUACACGCGGUCCGUUCCUGCAGAAAGAGGAGGGGCUUCAGCGGGAGGCGGGGCCUCAGGGGUGUUACUCCGCCCACGCGGUGGACAAGGCCAAUGAGCUCGCGGCGAUGGAGAAGAGUAUCUACGAGCACCGAGACCUGCUGAGGCAGAUCACCUCGUACCCCCUCCGCCCCCGCCGGGACCCCCACGCUGCACACUGUCAACACUGUGUCACAGAGUCCCAGAGACACAGAGACGCACCGCCSGGCCCUGACACGGGGGAGGAGGCGGGAGAGAGGAGACAGUCCUACACCCCUCAGCUGAUAAAYGGGAAGUCGGCHAAAUGUUUCGCCAAGCGUCUGAAYGACCUGACGGAGUUAUGUGAGGAGAGGUUCUACGAGGCCACCGUGGAACUACUCACUCACACCGAGAGGUGUUUCKGGGGGGACUUGUGUUACCUGUACACCCGCCGCCUGGACCGAGCGCUACGCAGGAAACAGAACAUCACCAACUUCCUGUUUGAGGAGGAGCUGGGGGAGGAGGAAGAGGAGGUAGCGGUGCUGGGAAGAAUCUUCUGUUCUCUCAACCACACAGUGGGGACGGACCCACACUCGCAUAUACACACCCCGUCCAUCGUGCUGUGCCCGGCGCCACCGGAGUCUGUGGAGGUUCUGGAGGUGUACCCUCCCUGUCCUGAUAACUCUGCCCAGCAGAGUGAGGCCCUGACCGGYGAGGAGAGGCUGGAGUCGUCACUCUCUGACCUGACCAUGGAGACACAGGACCAGGAAAGCUCUGAGGGGAAUAAAGACAGCUUUAGUAGCGACAGGAGUGGAGGAGAGGAGGAGGAGGGAGGAGACCAGACCCCUGUUUUUCUGCUGGACGCUGAGGAGGGAGAGGGUGAGACACACCGUGUGUGUGAGAGGGAGGGAGAGACCGAAGGAGUCUUUAACGGAAAGAGGCAGAGGGGACGCACAGAAGAGGAUCCACGAGGCUUCCUGUACAUACCUCUCCCCCAGACACGCUGCCUGCUGCGGGCUGCAGCCCGCGCUCUCUUCCCCUGGUGGUCAACCAGGAGCCCCAGCCCUGCUGCCGUCCAGGGGUCUAGAGCCUGGGUUCCACCCGCUGCCAGAGCCCUGUGGGCUGGACUGGACCUGCCCAUCUCCUCCUUGGGAGAUACCACCUCCAGGGGAUCGGACCAGGACGGGGUCAGACGUGACCACUGUCAGCGUCUACGGGGUCCGACGGGCCGGCUCACCUCUGGGGUACGGGGGGGUGGUGACGCUGAGGCAGAAGAAGAGGGCCGGGCAGGGACGCUCAGGUUUGUGCGUCAGUAUCCGUUUGCCCUGCAUGCCCUGUGGUCCCUACUGAGUGGUCGAACCCUGGUGGUCCUGGGAUCUGAGGAGGGCAGGGUCAGGAGGCUGGUGUCCGCUCUAGCCCUCUACGUGCCUGGACCCGGGCGCUGUGGGGAGAGGGUCCAGCCCUGGCUCUCCUGCCCCUUCAGCCUCGCAGACCUACAGAGAUGGAAACUCAUAGGACUGCAGAGGAUGGCGUCUCCCGCGGGGACCAGCAUGCUCUGCUCUCUGUCUCGCUACAGCCGUUACAUCUCCGUCCUGGACGCCGACCGGAAGACCCUCCGUUGCCCCGGCUACCGCGGAACCCUCCUGGCCAACGUGGCGGACCACCGUACCCGCCUCCGCCGAGGCUCCACCUACUUCCUACAUCUCCAGAACACGCUCAGUAGACUGGCUGCGCGGGCCUUCCUCCUUAGCUUUACACAUCACCUCCACCUUCCCAUCAGCCACCUGGAGCAGAGACGGGAAGUAGAAGAGAGGACGCGGGGCUUCCUGAGGGAUCAGCUCAGGCUUGGGGAAGACGACUGUGCCGUCCUGAUGUACCUGAGUCAGCUGAUCACACAGCACUACCUGGAGAUGGACAACACACCUGGGAACACACAGCAGAACCUGGAAGCUAACAACAUACUAGAC